AUGUUCGUCCGGGCACCCCUCUCCACUAACCUUCUCCGCCCCCUCUCCCACCCCGGCUCGUCCUACACCGCCGGCCGCCACCUCAUCCGCGUCCGUCACCUCGCCUCCGAGGCUGGUGCCUACGACGUCGCCGUCAUCGGCGGUGGCCCCGGUGGUUAUGUCGCUGCCAUCAAGGCCGCCCAGGAGGGUCUCAAGACCGUCUGUAUCGAGAAGCGCGGCAAGCUCGGAGGAACCUGCCUGAACGUCGGCUGCAUUCCCUCCAAGGCUAUGCUUAACAACUCCCACAUCUACCACACCAUCACCCACGACACCAAGAACCGCGGUAUCGAUGUCGGCGAGGUCAAGGUGAACCUCCCCAACAUGCUCGCUGCCAAGGAUGCCUCCGUCAACGCCCUCACCGGCGGUAUCGAGACCUACCUCUUCAAGAAGUACGGUGUCGACUACAUCAAGGGUACUGCCUCGUUCGAGUCGCCCCACAAGCUCAACGUCGCCCUCAACGACGGCGGUGAGACCCAGGUCGAGGCCAAGAACGUCAUCAUUGCCUCUGGCUCCGAGGUCAUGCCCUUCCCCGGCAUUGAGAUUGACGAGGAGCGCAUCGUCUCCUCGACUGGUGCCCUCUCCCUCAAGGAGGUCCCCCAGAAGAUGAUCGUCAUCGGUGGAGGUGUCAUUGGUCUCGAGCUCGGCUCUGUCUGGUCGCGCCUCGGCGCCGAGGUCACCGUUGUCGAGUUCCAGGGCGCCAUCGGUGCCGGCAUGGACGGUGAGGUCGCCAAGAACUUCCAGAAGAUCCUCCAGAAGCAGGGCUUCAAGUUCAAGCUCAACACCAAGGUCGUCUCUGCCGAGCGCCAGGGUGACAACGUCAAGCUCAAGGUCGAGUCGGCCAAGGGCGGCAAGGAGGAGGAGCUCGACGCCGACGUCGUUCUCGUCGCCAUCGGCCGUCGCCCCGUCACCAAGGGCAUGAACCUCGAGAAGGUCGGCGUCGAGCUCGACCCCAAGGGCCGUGUCGUCAUUGACGACCAGUUCAACACCUCCGUCCCCGGCGUCAAGUGCAUCGGUGACGCCACUUUCGGCCCCAUGCUUGCCCACAAGGCCGAGGAGGAGGGUAUUGCCGCCGUCAACUACAUCAAGCACGGCCACGGCCACGUCAACUACGACGUCAUCCCCUCCGUCGUUUACACCCACCCUGAGGUCGCCUGGGUCGGAAAGACCGAGGAGCAGCUCAAGGCCGACGGCGUCAAGUACAAGGUCGGAAAGUACCCCUUCGCCGCCAACUCGCGUGCCAAGACGAACCAGGACACUGACGGCUUCGUCAAGCAUCUCGUCGAGAAGGACACUGAGCAGAUCCUCGGCACUCACAUUAUUGGCUCGGAUGCGGGGGAAAUGAUCGCCGAGGCCUGUCUUGCGCUCAACUACGGCGCCUCCGCCCAGGACGUCGCCGACACCUGCCACGCCAUCUGCGCACUAGCGCCAGACGCUAGCCCGCUAGCCCCGUUCCUGUCGAGAGACUGCGCACAGGGAGUGGAGGCAAGUGGCAGAACCAAAUGUGGCACCCCGUCAUCCCUCCACGAACCACAACUAAUUCCACAGCACCCCACGCUCUCCGAGGCCUUCAAGGAGGCCGCGAUGGCUGCCCACGGACAACCGAUCAACUUCUAA